AUGGCGACGGUCAACACUGAUUUGCAUGGCAGUGAGCUCUACGUCCUCUAUCAUGACUGGACAUCCCUGGUCAGUGGUUCAGUCUUUGGUACCAUGACUGAGGUCGCGAUGGUGUAUGCCCAGUCCAUUGGAAUGCUCGAGACGAUUUGCUUCGCUUUCUAUGAUCCACACCUUAUUUCGAAGUCGCUUGAGAUCGCGUUUAUCUGCUUCGGAGAGGCCGCCGUUGCUGGGAUCAUGAUUGCGUUCAAGUACAUGGCCGACGCUGACAUUGGACGAUGCCAUUGCCAAUCCAAAUGA